AUGAAUAUUGGCUGGAUUGGAACAGGUGUAAUGGGGGUCUCUAUGUGCAGACAUAUUCUUAAGGCUGGUCAUAAAUUGCGCAUAUACAACAGGACAGUUACUAAGACAUAACCUCUCGUUGAAGCAGGAGCAGAAUUUGUUCAACCAAGAGAAUUGGCAAAGCAUUCAGAUGCUGUUUUUUUAAUGUUGGGAUAUCCUAAGGAUGUUGAAUAAGUAGUUUUAGGAGAUCAAGGAAUAUUAAAUCAUAUGAAAAAGGGGACUGUUUUAGUUGAUCACACUACUUCAUCACCUGAAUUGGCAGAGAGGAUUUUCAAGUAGGCGAAUGAGAGGGGAGUAGAAUCUAUUGAUGCUCCAGUAAGUGGAGGAGACAUAGGGGCUAGAGAGGGAAGAUUGGUGGUGAUGUGUGGAGGAUAAUAGAAAGCUUUGGAUAGAAUAAGUGAUAUAUUAAAAGUGUAUAGUGCAAAUGUUUAAUUGAUGGGAGGUGCUGGUUUAGGGUAGCAUACUAAGAUGGUUAAUCAGAUAGUGUUGGCUGGGAAUAUGAUAGGGACAGUCGAAGGUUUGUUGUAUGGACACAAAUGCGGAUUGAAUUUGGAAUAGUUGAUUAAUACAAUAAAGAGUGGAGCAGCCAAUUCGACAGCUUGGAGUGUGUUGGGAUUGAGAAUGGUGAAGGGAGACUUUGAGCCUGGAUUUUAUGUUGAGCAUUUCAUUAAGGAUUUGAGCAUAGCGAUUAAUGAGGCCAAUAGGUUGAACUUGAGUUUACCAGGGUUGGCUUUGGUAAAGCAGUUGUAUCAUGCUUUGGUUGCCCAAGGGGGAGCACGUUAUGGAACUUAGGCAUUGCUAUUGGCAUUGGAGACUUUGAAUAACCAUAAAAUUAGAUGA